AUGCAACGCAUUAUGCUAGUAUUAACCAUUAGUUUAAUUUUGGUAGCACUUCAUGGGUCGGACAGCCAAAAAUUGACCAGCAAACGCGAGCCUGAACAAUCGCAUGCCGGAUCUAUUGCCGAGUUAGUUUAUAUGUUAAAGUUAAAAGCAUUGUUGCUUUUGUUUUUACAAAAAUACAUGUGGGAGCUGCAAAAUAAAUUGACUAUGGUGUAUGGUGCGCUAGAACAUAUGAAAGCACAGCUAAAUAUGCAUGAGCAAAACGCAAUUUCAGAAUUUUCGCCUUUCAUUAGAUAUGCCAUGCUACGACAUUUAACUAUGGACUGGCCCCAGUGGCUUACUUUUAUGAAAAACCUGGAAAUAGAAGCCAUUCGGGAAGAUCUACAACAUUAUCGACGCUAUUGCCCCACAAAGAAAGACCUUGCAGAUGGAGCAGAGUCCAUAUUACGAAUUGUAGACACCUAUAAACUAAGACCUCAAGAUGUUGCUAAUGGUCUGCUCUUUGGCAAACAAUACGACGCAACAUUCACUGCCGUGGACUGCUAUGCUUUGGGCCAAUAUGCCAAUAGCAACGAAUACUACGAAAUCGCUUCGCAGUGGUUUCGGCUUGGUACUGUCACAAGCCCCUACACGCCGUGGCCCGAACUACUCGGUUUUGGUCGAACACGAUGCUGGCAGGCCUAUGCAGCAAGUCUAUUGCAAAUAAACAGAAACGCAGACGCUUGGAGUGCUCUAGGAAAGGCCUUGAGCAUGGCUCCACACGAUAUUGGUCUAUAUAGGCAGUGGCAGCACGUAAAGUCUCAAAUAUUUGUACGAAAAAAUUCAACAGCUAAGAAAUAUGAUUUCAAUUUUGAAACGUUUAGAAGCUUGUGUCGGGGUGAGCUUGUCCAUGUACCCGAACUGCAUUGUCAUUACUACUAUGGAACAUCAAUUGAGGAAUCAUUUUUAUGGCUGGCACCCUUUAAAGUUGAGCCACUGUACCUGGAUCCGUAUGUGGCAGUUUAUCAUGAUGUAAUAUAUGAAAGCGAAAUUGAAGAGAUAAAAGAGCUAUCGAUGCCCAAUCUAGAAGCUAGUGAAACUAUUGUAACUUCGAAGGCUCCGCUCUCAGAUCGUGUAUCAAAAGGAGCGUUCCUAACGCACGAUGCGGGAAUAUAUACCGCAAGGAUUAUGCAGCGCAUUACCGAUAUGACAGGCCUUUCGAUGAAGGGUAGGGAUCUGCUGUACGUGCUUAAUUAUGGACUUGGUGGUUGCUAUGGACCGCAUAAAGAUUACUUUGACGGAGAAGACGCUUUCAACAAUAAUCGCAUUGCUACCGUCCUUUUCUAUCUCAAUAAUGUGCCGCGGGGAGGUUCAACUGUAUUUACCUACCUAAAUUUGACAGUUGUUCCAAAAAAAGGAAGCGCCAUUUAUUGGCAUAACAUGGACAAGAAAUUGAAUGUUGAUCCAAGAGCUGAGCAUGGCGGCUGCCCCGUGAUAUUCGGGUCCAAAUGGGUUGCAACGAAAUGGGUGAACAAUAUAGAGCAACCAUUUAGAUGGCCCUGUAUGGCGUAGAAAGAAUCAAUAAAAGAUUUGAUUGCAGUUUCAACGAAUUCUGGAACCAACCGCCUC